AUAGAAGUUAAUGAAAUCCUCACGAUAUAUUAAAACAAAAGUUUGUUUGUUUGUGUGUGUGUGUGUGUGUGUGUGUGUAGACCAACACGUAUUGCUGGUGUGCGUAUGCGCAUGCGCAGUAGUGACUUGAAACAUGGCGACAGAGAGCUGUGAAAAGUGCUGAAUUCUCUCUACAUUUCGACAAAAUCACGAAGGUUUAGAGUGAGAUCGUGUGCUCUGGUCUCUUCGGUAUCUCACAGUAGUUCUUGUUGCCGAUGUUCAACAUGGGCCGAACUACACUGAAAGAUCAGAAAGACGCUAGGAGGGAAAAGCCAGGCAGGAGUAUGUCUCUUACAGGUCCUGGACCAGUCAAAGUGACUGAGUCUUUCUCAUGGGAAGAGUAUUUAAAGGAGACGUCAUCUGUUCCUGCCCCUCCCAGCUGUUUUAGACAGUCUCGGAUUCCUCCUCCUAACGACUUCAAGGCUGGAAUGAAGCUGGAAGCUCGAGAUCCUCGUAACUCCACUUCCACCUGCAUCGCCACGGUGAUGGGCAUGAUGGGUGUGAGACUUCGCCUACGUUUGGACGGCAGUGACAACACCAACGACUUCUGGCGACUGGUUGACUCCUCUGACAUCCAGCCAAUCGGAACCUGCGAGAAGAAUGGAGACAUGCUGCAACCACCACUGGGUUUCAGGAUGAAUGCCUCAUCGUGGCCGAUGUUUCUCUUGAGGACUCUGAAUGGAGCCGAAAUCGCACCUGCCACAGCAUUUAAAAAGGAGCCCCUGGGGCCCCCACAGAACGGUUUUAAGCCCGGGAUGAAAUUGGAGGCGGUAGAUAAAAAGAAUCCAUACCUGAUCUGUCCAGCAACCAUCGGCGAGGUGAAAGGCGAGGAGGUGUUUGUCAUGUUUGACGGUUGGAGGGGCGCAUUUGAUUACUGGUGUCGUUACGACUCGCGGGACAUCUUCCCAGUGGGCUGGUGCGGAGUCACCAAACACAGCUUACAACCGCCCGGCAACAGCAUCACUCUUUCGAAACCUCUUCCUGCACCGUCCUCCUCUUCAAACUCUAAACCAAUGCGGCGCUCCAUGCCGUCUCCAUACCGGCUGCCGACACCUCUUCCCCCACUCCCUGUGAGAAAGGGCAUCAGGGGGCGGCGACCGAAGAGUGAGACUAUCGCGCUUCUGAAAGCACUGGCAGCUUCCACCGCUGCCCAGGACGCGGAAGCACCAGGGGGUGCCACACCCCAAACCAUGCCCGUCUCCCAGCUUGAACCACGCCUGUAUAAGAAGAGGGGACCCAAACCGGGAAGCAAGAGAAAGUACAGAUUUCUCCAGAGCCCCAUGUCUAUAGCUGCAAUCUCAGACACCAGGGUGCCCACGACACAGAUGCCCAGCGAUGGACACUCACCUUUGGGCUGCCCCUCAUCUGUGGUUUCAACUGUGUGUGUUUAUGUGAACAAACACGGGAACUGUGGGCCUCAUCUGGACCGUAAGCAGGUUCAAAGGCUGCCGGAUCAUUUCGGUCCAGAGGCCGUGAACCUGGUUCUGCAGCAGACGGUCCAGGCAUGUCUAGACUGUGCAUACCAGCCCAAAGUUCUUCUGGGAUGCCUGCAGAGUCAAGGUGGUGGAGGAGAGGUGGUCAGAGUCCGAACAGAUGGCGGGACGCGGUUAGUGAAGCUUCCAUCUGCAUCCAGCGCUGCAUUCGUGUUGCGUUUUCUGGAGCUUGUGUGUCAACACCUGCAGUGUGAUAAUCUGUUCAGCAGUCAACCGUUCAGUCCACACAACACCUAUGACCGCUCUAAAUCAGUUAAAGAGGAGCUGUUUUCAGAAUCGUCGUCUCUGAACAGAGGUGUGAAACGGAUCUCCAGAGAUUCUCCACCGUACUGCGCUCCUCUCUCCCCAAAACUCCUUCACACAGACACACACCCCUCAGAAGCAGAGACUCUUCCUCCCGAGGAGAAUGGCUUACUGAAGGAACAGCGCUUUAUGGACUCCGCCUCCAACUCAAUGACGCCCCGCCCACAGACCUCGAGAAGCACCUCAGACUAUCAGUCUCCACCCAGCAGCCCGUAUUACCACGGAAACGGCCCACCCCUGCGACGACAGGCCUCCAACCCCUCCACACAGACACACAGACGAGUGGAGGCAGCCAGCUCUACCACGGGUCCUGAGGCCGCGGCAGAUUGUGUCGCUCCCAGAACCCCAGGUCGGAGUCCCUCGUCCUGGUCCAUAGAGGAAGUGAUGCAGUUUGUACGAGACGCUGAUCCGACAGCUCUGGGUCCACACGCAGAACUCUUCCGAAAACACGAGAUAGAUGGGAAAGCUCUGAUGUUGCUGCGGAGUGACAUGGUGAUGAAAUACAUGGGGCUGAAACUCGGACCGGCACUCAAACUCUGUCAUCACAUCGAGAGACUGAAACAAGGCAAAAAGUGAAGACGCAAACACAGACCUUACUGGAUUAGACAAAGAAUCUAAUCUCCAUACCAAUGUACAUUGCAUACAGACGCACUGCAGAGGGGCUGAUGGGAAAUGGGCCGUAUAACUGAUCAGAGGGCUUCAGAACGCACUACACCACCUGAUCUUCUCUCCAUAAACACACUCUCUCUGUCCAGGUUUAUAUUCAUUUGAUGCAUUACCAGAGUGGACUGAUGCUUUGAGGAACAAUUGUGCAACUCUCUGGGAAUGUUUUUACGAGACAGGAAAAGACUAUUUUACCUCAGAGAUUGUCAAAUGGAUAGGAAGUCCAGAGCGCAGGUGUGAUGAAGCAUCUGUGAGUUAAAGUUUAUACCUCCUGCAGUCUCGCCCCAAAGAUGUAGACUCUUCACGGGCCGAUCAUCUCAUCGAUGGUGGGCGUUCUGGAGUCGGAUGUGCGUUAUUAAUCUCUCUACCUCCCUGUGCUGUCAUCAUGCUAGUCCACAAGUGUUGUGGCCGUUGUUUCUGGAAAAACUCAAAGCCACUGAAAUUUUUUUUGCGUUUUUAUAAUAUCGUCAAGUCUUGUCUUGAACCCUGGUAAAUGUGUUAUGUUUAUGUGUAUUUAGGUCACAUAAUGUUGUCACGAAUUUACAAAGGACAAAGACGUCAUGUUUUUAAACUGCUCAAUUUUGUGAAUGAAUUGAAAGGGUUUGACAGAUUUUUUUUUGGUCAGAGAUGAAGUAAUUGAGUGCAAGCUAAAUCCUUCAUGUCAUUGUUUUCAAUCCACACGCCCAUGUCAAAAAAGCCAUUUAAGUUGACUUCUUUUAAAUCUACCUCCUCAUCAUGCUAAUAACUAAAAGCCACUGAUAAUCUUUUGCAUUUUGGUCCAUUUUUAAUCGAACAGCAGUUCAAAGUCCGUUUGCUUUCAAGUUAAGUCUAGUGGGAAAGUAUUGAGGUUACAACACCCUAAAUGUGUGAAUCUGAAUGUGCAUAAUGCAGAAGAAGAAGAAAAACAAUAAGGUUGUAUUCGUUAACAUUAGCUACAGUAGUUAACAUAAACUAACAAUGAACAAUACUUUUACAGUGGUUAUUAUUCUUAGUUCAUGUUCAUUUCAACAUAUACUAAUACAUUUUUACAAUUAAAAGUUGUAUAUGCUAACAUUAGUUAAUGCAUUAUGAGCUAGCAUGAACUAAUAAUUAUGUUGGCUCGACAAAGCCAACAUACUGUUAUUCAACAGUCUUGGUUUAGGGUUUUUCCAGAAUUCCUAAACCAAGACCAAAAUUAUCAAUUGUAACUCCUCCUAGAGCUUUCAAGCUACACCCACCAAACUUGGCACAGACCUUCAGGCUGUUCUGACUCGGGUUGCUAUGACUUUUUAACUGAUUGGACUUACGGUUUUCCCAUAGUGGAUAAUCGAAUAUCCCCAAAAUCCCAAGGACUUUGACAGAGUGGUCAAACGGGCCAAUAGUCCAGCUGUCUCUGUCAGGCCUGUGUAACCUUUAAACUAUUUUAAACCAGGCUUUGUCAAGCCAACAUCAAAACUUUAUAGAUCUAGUUAAUAAUUGUGUUUCUAUAAAUGAACAUUAACUACGAUUAAUGCUAUAAAAUAUAUUGCCCAUUUUAAGUUCAUGAUACCUAAUGCAUUUACUAAUUUUAACAAAUAGAACAUUACCGUAAAAUGUUACCAAAAAAAAUCCUAUUUGAAUCCUAAUUUCAGAAACAUUCAAAUGUUGUGCAUUGCGACAUUAUUUUCCAAACAAUUAAACACAUUUUCCACAAAUGCAUCCAGUCAUUCUGCUUUUGAGUAUUUUCUGAAUUCUCUUAUUUCAACAGUGAUUCUCAUUAGAUUUUCAUUAUUGUAUUUACUGUAUUACAGUAAAAAUGACUGCAGCACAAUGGUGUAUAAAUACAAUCAGCAUUCAAGGCAGUACAAAUACUAUCAUGAUGUAAACUCAAAAAUAUAUUUUAGCCUAUUUUUAAGAUUUACGCAUUUUAACUUCAUAACAAAAUUCCAUACAGUUUUAUUGUGUAAUGUUUAACUAAAUUAAAUUAAUAAUAUGUAUAAAUAAUUAUUUUAUUUUUUUAAAUAUAACUCAAUUUGUAUAUAUUUAAAUAUACUUCAAUUUAAAUUCUAUUUGAUGGAAUAUUUUUAUGAAAUUGAAAUACGUACAUCUUAAAAUUAUUUUUACUAUACUAUAAAAAUUAACCAGUAUUAUAUUUUUCAUGAAAUAAUUUAAAUAAAAUGGAAAUAAUGAAAUACAAUAUCAUUUUUAUUUGAUUUAAAUACAAUAAAAUUUAUAUAAUUUAAAUAUAUCAUCACACAUGAGAAUGGAGGGUCAUAAAUGUGCUUAAUUUUGAUGAAAAUUAUGUCACAAUGCAAAAAAUAUAAAUGGUCUUAGAAUUUGGCUUGAUUUUCUUUUUAUAAAAUAAAUUGUCUUUUUUCUUUCUUUUGAUUUGGGUGGUGAAAUGUUUACUUUUUCUUUUCAGGUUUCAUUAGAUUCACCCAUUUUAUAAUUUGGUUGACUGAAUUCUUCACCCAUAUUGGCAAGUCUUGGCACUUGUAGUUCUUGGUUGAAAUGUUUAGUGUAGGUUUAAUCAAUUUAACACCCUUGAAGGAUUUUCUUCUUUAAAAAAAAUGCCAGAUACACUCCUAUAAAUCUUAAUCAUAUCAUUCUGUUGUAUAACUAAUAUAUCCAACUUUAUUUUUGUGUGUGUGUGCUGUCUUUGUCUUCUACCGCUAUUUAUUUUCGCCCGUCCUUCAGUUUUCUUUCAACUCUUUUGAGUUUAGACUUCAAGUGUUGUGAAUAUCGAUGUUCCAGAAAAUUCAGAGAUAAUAUUGUUUGAGUUGGCUUCGGCUUAGUUAAAGAAACUCGUCAUUUGUUUGAGCCGUUCGUCGAGCUGUUAUCUUUGGAAUGUUUGAAUUUAUACGUGUUACUGGGUGUUGCAAAGUCAGGCUUACAAUUGCUGUAUGUCAAUCACCUGUUAGAAGGCCUACUCCAGUUAUCGAACAGUAUUCAAGAGACAUGGAUAGAUGGGGAAGCAGUAUGUGGAUCAGUAAUUCAUUGAAAGUGCUGUCAUCUACGUCUAACCCUGUUCGUUUAAAUGAAACGCUAUAAAAAGCGUCAUUGAACUCUUACGGGAAUGUCACUAAAAUGUUGAAAGUUUGGUUCAGUGUGAAUGCCAGUGAAAACAGUCAGCUUUCUCUUGACGUUUGUGCGACAUCUUGCGAUAAUUCUCAAUGAGCCAGUUUACAUGCACACACCAGUACACUGAUUACUCCCAAAAUGUUGCUUAUUUAAAAAAUCAGCUAAAAAAAAAACAUGUUUAUAUGGGAUUUGAAAUAAUCCUGUUAUUCUGCUUUUGACAUCAAAUGGUGAAAAAACGCAAAAAUCUACCCUUGUUGAUCGGUUUAUUCAUAUGCCGUUUGUGACCUUACACUGAUAAGGAAACACUGUUUAAUGCAUAUACAUGACCACACACGUUGUCGGCUUAUUAAGCAAAAUCGGUGUAAGAAUGUCUAUGUAAAUGGGCUCAUUGAUAGAUCAGUCUUAAGUGGUGUAAUAUGGGUUUAACCAUAAAACUCAGCUACAGGAAUGUACAUUUUUGUAGAGAUUAAAUAUUUUAAGCUAAACAUGUUGUAUAUGGAGGUGGGAGAUGUGCGAAUGCAUUCGGUCUUGUCGUUGAAUAUACCUUAUACUGCCUUCCGAUGCUUUUUACUGGGAGGAAGGAUCCAUUUUAAAUAACUACAUUUAAAUUGCCUUGCUUUACUUUAGGACUUCUCAGGUUUCUUUUGUAACGUAGCAUUUCAAGUUAGUCGUGAAU